AUGUUUUUCAAGAACUCACCAUCGAUCUUUCCUGAAGAUCGAAAACUUCAACCCAAACGAGAGACAUUGAAGUUUUCGAGUUUAUUAAGCUUACCCAACCGAAUUAUCAAACCCCCGGUGGUACCGAAGGCUUCCUCGUCCGCCGAUGCUCCAAAGAAGGAAAAAAGAAAGUUUGAGUUCGGGAAAGUGCGAACGUGGUCAAGGUGUUCGAUGACAGAGGUCAAGUUGAAUGAUAUCCUUUUCGGACUACAUACACCGCCCUUGACGCUCGGUGAAUUUGAGGACUACCUCCUCCAUGUUGAACAUACCCCGGAAAAUCUGUACUUCUAUUUUUGGUUAAGAGACUACACUACCCGCUACCAUCAAUGGGGAGCUGGUCGAAGUAAGCCAGACGUCAAUAAUAGUAUGAGGUUGACAUUAGCUGAGAAGCGUGAGGCUUACAAUCAAUUGUCGCAACAAGAAGCCUCUUCCGAGAUUGCCAAAAACGGAUUACCCGUAGAAUUGAAUGAAUCCCUGGAAAUGGCCAUCAGCACGUUCUUGUAUGGUCAGCCUGCGAAGCGCCACCGUUCGCCCUCGAGCAUCGAGCUUGAGUUGAAUCUUCCAGCGGAUGUUAAAGAUCGAAUCAAGCUUGAGUCCACUCUGAGCGGUCACCCAUCUAUAUUCGAUUUGGUCGAGAAAGAAGUGAUGAAUAUGUUAGAAGAAUCCAUGAAACGCUGGUUGGUCCUCAGCUCUGGAAAUGCCGACCGACUCCGUGUUUGGUUUGCGAUCGCUCUUGGCACCAUGUGUGUUAUCAUAGCCAUCACCGGCGCAUUGCUCCUCAAUUAUCUCACGAGCUCUCCUCGUCUCAGGCUUGUGACCACCCCACUUUUCUGGUUAGGCAUCAUCACCUUGACUUGCGGACUACAUCGUACCUGUCCCGUCAUCUUUCUCUUUGGUUCUUACCGGCAAAUCCACGCCUGGGAAGCCGUCCGCCAACCCGAGGAUUCGCCUCUUCCAGCAUCUUCCGGCACGCAUAUAAACCUCCACAACGCCAUCACACUCCCUAAUGCCACUCAUGCCAAACCUCAAAAUUGGCCCCGCAAGAACCAGAGCUACCAGCCUCCACCUGCUACAACAGAUCCUAAGAACCUUCUCACCGCAUGGGACUCCGUUUUGUCCGAUGAUCCGAACAUUUUAAAACCUGCAUUACUCUCCUCUCAACCAUCUACCCCUACACUGGAUAACCCACUUCUUUCACGCUUGAAUAAAUUUUUUAUCCCGAGCAAGGAUCUCAAAGCUACGCCAAUCUUUGGUCCAGUUACUCGAGUCUUCAGUCCGCUGGUGAUGCGUGCUCAACGGAGGUACGUUUUUACCGCGGUCGCUUGGGCUACGUUGUUUACAACCGUUUGGAUCCCAUUUUGGCUCUUGAUUCCCUCGCCCUUCCAACGUCAUGAUUAG